AUGUCCGCGUACGCGGACUACUUCGGUCAAGUGUGGACCAAUUAUUCCUACUAUUGGCCAAUUGACUAUCCCAAGGAUUCAAGUCUCCUUGGAUGGGAUGAUGACUUGUGGGAGCAGGGUGUGGACAUGAUGCUGGCCACACACGAAUCGUCACAAUCAUAG